AAACGCACCUAUUUCUCGGUGAAAUAGUGGCGAUAGCGCCAAACAAUAUCGCUCAUUCCAGUAUGUAUAGAGUUCGGUGCAUUAUGACAGGUUUUCUAAUCUUCUAGUAGUAUCAUCUUUAACGCUUAAUAAUUCUUUUUAUAUUAUUCUUUAACAUAAUUUAUAUAUAUCAUAUUAUUUAUCACAUUUUUUAUACGAUUUUAUCAGAUGAUAAUUUAUACUUUUCAAACUUUUAUUUUUCUGCAAAAAGACAUCUAUUAAGUGUAUUUUUAUUAAAAUUUAAAGUCGAAGUUUAGUCAAACUAGACAUUUACCAAGAAAUUAUAAUGAUAAGUUUCCAUUGUUUUUACAUUCGUAUAAAACAUUGUAUAAUGUGUGCACAAGUGUCGUCAAAGUUUUAUGCAACAACUGCAAACCAUCCUACAGCAAGAAUAAUUGUUAUUGGAGAUGAAAUAUUGAAAGGACAAGUGAAAGAUACAAAUUCUUAUUACAUAUGUAAUCUAUUGUAUAAAUGUGGUAUUAAAAUGAAAAAGAUCUCUGUUAUAGGUGAUAAUGUCGAAGAAAUCUCAAAAGAGAUUAGAGAUGCCUUCAACAAAUAUACCUAUGUUAUAACAUCUGGUGGAAUUGGACCAACACAUGAUGAUGUUACAUAUGAAGGUCUUGCUAAAGCUUUCAAUGAUACAUUACAUUAUCAUCCCAGAUUAGUGGAUAUAAUAAAAUAUCAAUUUGGGAUUAACGAUCCUUCAUCCCUUGCUUAUAAAAUGGCUCAAAUUCCUCGGAAAGCGUCUCUAAAGUUUGGUUCAAACCCAAACACCGGCAAGCCAAAUACUUAUCCAUAUAUUGUAUUAGAAAAUGUAUAUGUUUUUCCUGGCUCACCUGUAUUUUUUGAGAAAUCUUUCCAAAGCUUGUAUCAGGAACUGCUAUCAACAAAUAGAAGAUUCGUAAAAGAAGAACUGUUUAUUAAUGCUAGGGAAGAAGUAUUUGUAAAUGCUUUAUCAGCUGUAGUAAAAGAAUUUCCCAAUGUUACUUUUGGUUCUUAUCCUGUGAACAAUUGCAGAUAUUUUAAAACGUUCGUGACUAUAGAGAGUGAUAAUGAAAGCGAUACCCAAAAAGCAAAAGAAAGAUUCUACAAGCUAAAUCCUACAGAUAUUUUCGUAAAUUUUGAUCGGACGCCACAUAUGGACUGUAUUAUCAAGUAUAAUAAAUUUCUUCAAAGUUGUUUACGUCGAUCAAUUUACGAGCAAUCGCUCGAAAAGCUUAGACAAUUGUAUCAGAAUUUUGACCAUGUUUCAAUACAUAUUGAUGGCAGUAUAGAAUCAAGCGUCGUUCUCCAUCUUGCUCAUAUAUGUAAAACUCAGUCGAAUUUCAAUAAUAAGUUACAAGUGGUUUACUUCAAAGAGAAACAAUCGGCUGAUCUAGAAGAAUUCGUCAAGGGAAUGAUUGAUAAAUAUAAUUUAGUAGUGUAUAUUGUGGAAGAUGCGCCUGAUAAAAGGAUAAACAAAUUAAUAUUUAUGCAACCGCACUUACGAAAACUAUUAAUCGGAAAAAUCGAAGAAGUUGGCAAAAAUGAAGUUAACCAUAACUAUAACAACAUAAGUAAUGCGGACCACACACACACACAAUUGCAAAUCUAUAAUCUUUUACAUAAAUGGACGAAUGAAGAUGUAUGGACUUUAGCCUCGUCGUUGUAUCUGCCAUAUAAAUCGGCGGCUUAAAAAAAGUGAAUUCUCGAAAUUUGAAAAUGUUUCCGGCCUGAUAUCGUAUUUGCAAGGACGAUGCACGAUGAAUAAAAGCGACUUAGUAUUGUCUACGUGCAUUUUCGAUAUGUCUGUUUGGCCAUCCGAGCGAAACUGGAAUGUACAUGGAAGGGAGAAGUACUAGGGAAUGGGAAAAUUGUGGGGGAUGAGAUUGAGGUACCUCGCGAGGGUAUGAGCGAACUACAAGCUCGUAUUACACAUUUUUCAAUCGAAGAAAAGCCGGCU